AUGGGAGGUAGGGUUGACAGGACGGUGAACAAGGGAGGCGGCCCCCCUGUAUUCCGAUUAAAUGGGCAGAACUAUCAUUUAAUGGGAAGUUUACUCCCACACGAAGGUAAGCCACCACAUUUUGCCCAACUAUACAUAUACGACACAAACAAUGAGCAAAUAAUCCGUAUAAAUGCUGUGAGGGAGGGUUGUAAUCAAGAUGACAUUCAUAUAGACAUAGUGAAUGUCAUUCAAGGUGAGUUGGAUCAAAAUAAUGUCUUGGUUAAGUCAUUUCGUAUGGCUAAGUCAGAAAUGGAUAGAAAUCCCUGCACUGAAGUCAAGAUAAAAUUGCUAGGCAAGCGCAAGAAAGAUGCUAGGACAUAUAAUUUACCUGAAGUGUCUGAAGUAGCUGCAUUAAUAGUUAGAGAUCUUGAUACCAGUAUAGGUGAGCGUGACAUUGUCGUUCAAACUAAGGGCGGCCAGCUACAAAGAAUAAGUGAAUUAAACCCUUCAUACUUGCCACUUCAAUACCCAUUGUUGUUUCCAUAUGGGGAAGAUGGUUAUAGGGAAGACAUUGCCUUCUCUAACAUAAAGGGCAACUGUGGUGCUGGCGGAAGACAAAGGAUUAGUCCAAGGGAAUUUUUUUGUUAUCGCUUACAAUCAAGAAAAGAGGUUGUCAGUACAAUACUACAUGCGAAGAGGUUAUUCCAACAAUUUGUUGUUGACGGAUAUACAAUGGUUGAGUCAGGAAGACUCAUCUAUAUAAGGACACACCAAAAAAGCUUACGUUGUGAAUCAUAUAGUGGGUUGACAGAUGCUUUAACUCGGGGUGAAAUAAAUGCAGCAACUCAGGGCCGUAGGAUAAUUUUACCAUCGAGUUUCACUGGCGGAGCAAGGUACAUGAUACAGAACUACCACGAUGCGAUGGCUAUUUGUAGAUGGAUUGGAUAUCCGGAUUUAUUUAUAACUUUUACCUGCAACCCAAAGUGGCCUGAGGUGCAACGUUUCCUUAACGACCGUUGUUUGAAAGCUGAAGACCGUCCUGACAUAAUUUGCAGGUUAUUCAAGAUGAAGCUCGAUUCCUUGAUAGCCGAUUGUAUAAAGAAGCAACUGUUUGGAUCGGUUGCUGGAGGUAAACCCCUACGUCGAGAAAAUGGUAGGACAAUAACAAAGAAUGGCAUUGCCUUGGACAACAGGUAUGUUGUACCGCACAACAGACAUUUAUUGCUUAAAUACAAGGCUCAUAUAAAUGUUGAGUGGUGCAACCAGUCCCGUUCAAUCAAGUACCUUUUCAAAUAUGUUAAUAAGGGACACGACCGGGUAACAGCCGAGUUCUACAAAACAAGCAAUGAUUCAGAUGUUGGAAAAUCUGUAGAUGAGAUUAAUAUGUACUAUGACUGUAUGUACAUUUCUCCCUGCGAGGCUGUAUGGCGGUUGUUUGGCUUUGAUAUACAGCUUAGGGCUCCAUCAGUGGAAAGGUUAAGCUUUCACUUACCCAAUCAACAAAGUGUGAUUUUUGCAGAUGACGAUCCAGUUGACAACAUUGUCAAUAGACCAACUAUAGGACAAAGCAUGUUCUUGGAAUGGUUUGAGGCUAACAAGACAUUUCCAGAGGCAAGAAAGAUGACUUAUGCUGAGAUGCCAACGAAAUUUGUGUGGAAGAAACAACUACGAAAAUGGCAGCCAAGGAAAAAAGGAUUCGCAAUUGGAAGGAUUUUUUACGUCCCACCUGGCACUGGUGAAAUUUUUUAUUUAAGAUGUUUGUUGAAUAAAGUUCGUGGUCCUACAUCUUUUUCUGAUAUAAAGGUUGUGAAUGGUGUUCAAUAUGAUUCAUUCCGCGAUACGUGUUAUGCUAGAGGCUUAGUUGAUGAUGACAAAGAAUAUAUCGACGCAAUAGAGGAAGCAAGUCAUUGGGCUUCUGGAGAUAAGUUGAGGAGGUUAUUUGUUACACUGUUAAUGACCAGCUGUAUAGGUAAACCUGAAGCUGUUUGGAAUGCUGUGUGGCAACAUUUGUCUGAAGAUGCACAAUAUCAAGUUCGGAAACAAUUGCAAAAUUCAGAUUCUGUGUUGAAUGACAAUCAGAAGAUGAAUUUUGCGUUGGUUGAGAUUGAAAAAUUGUUAUCAAUAAUGGGAAAGAGUCUUAAGGACUUUCCAGAAAUGUCAGUUGCAGAUUUGGAGACAUAUAAUUUAAUAUCAAAUAGGUUGAUACAAGAAGAAUUGGCAUAUGAUCGUGUUACUCAGGAGAAAGAGAAUAACGAUUUGGUUAGUCAACUGACAGAUGAGAAAAAGGUAAUAUACGAGGAGGUGUUAACAGAUAUUGAAAGCAAAUCUGGUGGAUUUUUCUUCGUUUAUGGAUAUGGUGGUACUAGUAAGACCUUCUUGUGGAGAGCACUUUCAUCCGCUUUAAGACGGAAAGGUGAAAUUGUUCUAAAUGUUGCAUCUAGCGGCAUAGCUUCUCUUCUGCUACCAGGUGGUCGUACAACACAUUCUAGGUUCGCAAUACCUAUAUCUGUUAAUGAAGAUUCCACUUGCAACAUAAAACAAGGCACCCCGUUGGCUGAGCUUAUUAUGCAAAACAAGUUGAUAAUAUGGGAUGAAGCUCCAAUGAUGCACAAGUUCUGCUUUGAAGCCCUAGACCGAACUAUGCGUGAUUUAUUGCACUCCACAAAUCCAAGAAGUUGUGAAAUGACAUUUGGUGGUAAAACAGUUGUUUUGGGUGGCGAUUUUAGACAAAUUCUUCCGGUUAUUCCAAAGGGCACAAGACGUGUAAAAUCGCAACUAGAGGCCAAAGAGAUUGAGGAGUUUGCAAACUGGAUAGCAGAUAUAGGUGACGGGAAAAUUGGAAAUUCAACGGAUGGUGACGCAGAGUUAACAAUUCCAGAUAAGUUUCUACUUAAAUGUGAAGGUGAUACUAUCUCUACAAUUGUUGAUAGCAUUUUCUCGUUGUUUAGAAGCGCUAAUGGUGAUUUAUCAUACCUUGAGGAUAGUGCCAUAUUGGCACCAACAUUGGAUAUGGUAGAUAUCAUUAACCAGUACAUGAAUGAUCAAAAUCCAAGUGAAGCUAGGACUUAUUUGAGUUGUGAUUCAGUGUGCAAGUCAGAUUCUAAUGCAGAUAUGUUAGCGGAAUUGCACACUCCAGAAUUCUUAAAUGGUCUGCGAUGUUCUGGUGUACCUAAUCAUGCAUUGACUUUGAAAAUUGGGUCACCUGUUAUGCUCUUGAGAAAUAUUGAUCACACUCUUGGCUUGUGCAAUGGUACAAGAUUGAUUGUAACAAGGUACUACAGUUUUGAUUCCAAGGAUGUCACUAACACUGUCAGAUCCAAGAUUGCCUUUCAAAUUCCAACGAAAGCAAUUUUCUUUGAUGCUAUCCUAUGCCAUGACAAUAAAUAA